AUGAACGACGCCCAGAACGAAGAGUUCCUCCUCCUCCUCCUCAGCGACGCGAAUCUUCCAACGGGCAGCUUCGUCGCGUCGUCCGGUUUCGAAGCCUUUGCCGCACACGGCUUGUUGCGAACAUCGUCCGAUCCGCUCGCAGACACGCUCGCGUUUGUGCGAUCAAGCGUGCUGAGCUACGGUUCAAACUCUCUGCCGUUUGCGCACGAUGCCCACGCGUGUAUACGACAAUUUGCCGAGGGCACGAGGUCCCAAUCGGAAGCGCUGGAGGUGUUGGCCGCGCUUGACGCCCUGUGCGACGCCGGCACGCUCAAUCACGUCGCUCGGCGCGCCUCCCGGGCGCAGGGUGUGGCGCUCCUCACCCUUUACUCAAAGGGAUUCGCGUCCAAACGAGGCGACGAGUUCAUCGCGCUGAUUGACGCCCUCAAGCUGCGAAUCCGACGAGACGAGUUGCCGGGACAUCUGCCCGUUUGCUGGGGAGUUCUUACUGGAGCGCUUGGUCUCUCUGCUGAUCGCGCCGCGCAUUUGCAUCUCUUCUUGCACGCCCGAGCGCUCUAUUCCGCCGCGAUCCGCAUGAAUACUCUCGGACCCUAUGCGGCCCAGCACGCCCUCCUUCACCAUGUCCGCCCUCUGGUGGACGACACUGUCAAAAUAACGGCCCAUUUGCGCACUGGUAUACUCGAUCGCGCCUAUCAAGAAGAAGAGGACGAUGCGGCGUUCGCCCACGCCGCCGCCAUGCCCGCCAACACCUGGCCGCUUGGAGAGCUCAUCCAAGGUCGGCAUGACCAACUCCAUUCGCGGAUCUUCAAUAGCUAG